AUGAAAUAAGUAGUGGCAACUAAUGAGUAUUCCAUACUGAGAAAAGUUUAAAUGCUUCAUUCCCACGCUCAACCUAAAGAUUCUAACUUCACUUUGGGGAGAACUACUAGUUAUGAAUCGAGCCAAUUUUGUCGUAGUUUGGACAUCAUGGUCUAUAGAAGGGCUUCCACAAAAGAUGAGAUCAAUUAUCACUCGUAGUCCAAAAACCCAUCAUAUAGGGAUGACAAAUUAGUGAUUGGCAAUAUUGCUUGGAUCAAUCCUACCCUGUAUAUUGAAAUGGAUGAAUUACAAACUAAAGUCUGGAGAUCCUUAAAAAGGCAAUAGCUGGAAUCAGUUUAUUCAGUUGACAUCAUUGUCUUGAAGAAUCAAAGCGAGUUUGAAUUCUCCUUUGACAUCAGUAUGCUGUCAUGCUUCCUCAGAGUGAGGGAAUUAAGUGUUCUGAUCAAUGAGAAUUAUGCGAAUCGAAGCAAUAGAGCCAAAUUAUAAGUGCCCUAUUUAUCAAUUUUGAUUGGUAGGGUGAAGACUUAGAAAUUGGAUGGGAAUAUGAGACUCUUUGAACUUGCUCAUAUCCUACUCAAUGGAUAAAGGACUCUUAUUUUAUAAGAAUCCUGUUUACAAUUUUGA